GUCCCCCGCCCAUCCCGGGGCGGUGCCGCCGGUGCCGGUGCCCCGAGGGCUGCGGAGCCCAGCCAGGAGCAGGAGCUGUUGCCAUGGGGCACUGGGCAAUGGCCCCCUCCCUGCUCCACCGGGUCCUGCGUGGGGCUGAGGACCGCUCUGCCCACGCCACCCUCGCCGCGUGGCUCCGGUACCGCCAGGCCUGCGAGCAGCACCUGCGCCUCGACCCCCCUGCCCCUGGGCCCGUCUGCAACCGCAGCUUCGACCUCUACGCGUGCUGGGGGGAUGCGGCCCCCAACAGUACCGCCAGCGUCCCCUGCCCCCCCUACCUGCCCUGGCACCACCGAGUGCAGGGGGGGUUCGUGUUCCGGCGCUGCGGCCCCGAUGGGCGCUGGGUCAGCGACGGCACCGGGCGGCCGUGGCAGGACCAUGGACAGUGCGAGGACCCCGCGCCCGAGCAGCCGCUGCAGCGCCAGGCCUGGCUGCUGGAGCAGCUCCGGCUGCUUUACACCGUCGGGUACUCCCUGUCCCUCGUCGCCCUGGUCCUGGCGCUGCUUCUGCUGCUGCUCUUCAGGCGCCUGCGCUGCACCCGCAACUUCAUCCACGCCAACCUCUUCGUGUCCUUCGUGCUCCGCGCCGGCUCCAUCCUCACCCGGGACGCGCUCCUGCAGCGCCGCCUGGCAGCCGGGAGCGCGCACCCGCUGCAGGGGCUGCGCCUCGAGGCGGUGGCCGGGUGCCGCCUGGCCCAGGCCGUCACCCAGUACUGCGUGGGAGCCAACUACGGGUGGCUGCUGGCAGAGGGGCUCUUCCUGCACAAGCUGCUGGUGCUGGCGGCCUUCUCCGGAGAGCGCUGCCUGCCGGCAUUCCUGCUCCUCGGGUGGGGUGCCCCCCUGCUCUUUGUGGUGCCAUGGGUGGUGGUGCGGUACCUCUACGAGAAUGAGGGCUGCUGGGAGAGGAACGAGAAGGCGGCCGUGUGGUGGAUCAUCCGGUGCCCCAUCCUGGCGGCCGUGGCGGUGAACUUCGUGGUCUUCAUCCGCAUCGUCCGCAUCCUCGUGGCCAAGGUCCGGGCGCACCAAGUGUCACGUGGGGACACCAGGGUCAGACUGGCCCGGUCCACGCUGACGCUGAUCCCGCUGCUGGGGGUGCACGAAGUCGCCUUUGCCUUGGCUGGGGACGGGCCCGGGGGGGGGUCCCUGCGCCUGGUGCGGCUCUGCCUGCAAGUGCUGCUGUCCUCGUCCCAGGCACGGAGGAGGAUACGGGGGUGGGGAGGUGCGGUACUGGGGUGCUACGGGGGGGAGGGGUCCGUGUCGCGUCCUGUCGUGAGGCUGUCGUUCCCGGUCCUGACGCUGUGUCGCGCUGUCGUGGCGCUGUCGUUCCCUGCCGUUCCCCGUCCUGACGCUGCCGUUCCCCGUUAUAACGCUGCCGGUGCCCGUUCUAACGCUGCCGUUCCCCCUUCGGACGCUGCCGUUCCCCGUUCGGACGCUGCCGUUCCCCGUUCGGACGCUGCGCGGCGCUGUGCCUCAGGUGCAGGCCGAGGUGCGCCGCUGGUGGCAGCGCUGCCGCCUCGCCGCCCCCCGCCGCCCCCCCCGGGCCCCCCCCUCGGGUCCCGCCGCUACGUGGCCGUGGGGGGGCAGCGACCACCGCCCCCCCCCGGGACCGGGGGGCACGAGGGCGCCGAGAGCGUCUGCUGA